CCCACGUCCCAAUGUGACGUCAUCACGCGCAGUGCCCAGCCAAGAUGGCUGACAGCAUCCCGUUAAAUCCGGUGAGGAAGAACUCGAGGAGAAUACCGUAUUACAACUCCGCAAGACUAUCAAGAUUCUCCUUUGAAGAUGAACCGUCCAACCUGGACGAGAUGCCUCUGAUGAUGUCGGAGGAAGGCUUUGAGAAUGAUGAGAGCGACUACCAGACUCUGCCCCGGGCCAGAGCCAACCAACGGCGCAGGGGCCUGGCCUGGUUCCUGUUCGGAGGCUGGAAGGUCCUUUGUGGCAGCUGCUGUGACUGCCUGGCCCGCUGCUGUAGGAGAAAGAAGGAGCUAAAGGCGCGGACGGUGUGGCUCGGCUGUCCAGAAAAAUGUGAAGAGAAAUACCCCAAAAAUGGCAUCAAGAACCAGAAGUACAAUGUCAUCACUUUCGUGCCUGGGGUUCUAUAUCAGCAGUUCAAGUUCUUCCUCAACCUGUACUUUCUGGUCGUGGCCUGUUCUCAGUUUGUGCCAUCGUUAAAAAUUGGAUAUUUGUACACAUACUGGGCACCACUGGGUUUUGUAUUAGCAGUGACCAUGGUCCGAGAGGCUGUGGAUGAAGUGCGUCGUUACCAAAGGGACAAAGAGAUGAACUCUCAGCUCUACAGCAAACUCACUGUCAGAGGAAAAGUCCAAGUGAAGAGUUCAGACAUACAAGUGGGAGAUUUGAUCAUUGUUGAAAAGAACCAGAGGAUUCCUGCAGACAUGAUAUUUCUGAGAACAUCGGAGAAAAAUGGUGCCUGUUUCAUCCGCACAGAUCAACUGGAUGGAGAGACAGACUGGAAACUUAAAGUGGCUGUGGGCUGCACACAGAGACUUCCUGCUGUUGGGGACCUUUUCUCCAUAAAAGCCUUCGUUUACGCCCAGAAGCCACAGCUGGACAUCCACAGUUUCGAGGGCAACUUCACACGGGAGGACACUGAUCCCCAACUUCACGAGAGCCUGAGCAUCGAGAACACACUGUGGGCCAGCACCGUGGUCGCUUCAGGCACCGUCAUCGGGGUGGUGAUCUACACCGGCAAAGAGACCAGGAGCGUUCUCAACACGUCCUAUGCCAAAAACAAGGUGGGCCUUCUGGACUUGGAGUUGAACCGUCUGACCAAAGCGCUGUUCCUGGCUCAGGUGGUGCUGUCUGUGGUGAUGGUGGCCCUGCAGGGCUUCAGUGGGCCCUGGUUCAGAAACCUUUUCAGAUUUGUUGUGCUCUUCUCAUACAUCAUUCCCAUCAGUUUGCGGGUAAACCUCGACAUGGGGAAGGCUGCGUAUGGCUGGAUGAUUAUGAAGGAUGAGAACAUUCCCGGGACUGUGGUGAGGACCAGCACCAUUCCAGAGGAGCUUGGGCGACUGGUCUACCUCCUUACGGACAAGACGGGAACACUGACACAGAAUGAAAUGAUCUUUAAGAGGCUUCACUUGGGAACAGUGUCCUACGGCACCGACACAAUGGACGAGAUCCAGAGCCACAUCAUACAGUCUUAUGCACUGGUGCCACCCCAGCCCUCCAAUGGCAGCACCAGUGGAGCCACUCCGUCCAGGAAGCCCCAGUCGUCGGGUCCAAAGGUGCGUAAGUCUGUGAGCAGCCGGAUCCACGAGGCAGUGAAGGCGAUCGCUCUGUGCCAUAACGUAACACCAGUGUAUGAAAGCCAUGGCAACGGAGAGCCCGAGACCACCGAAGCCGACCAGGACUUCAGCGAUGACAAUCGCACCUACCAGGCCUCCAGCCCAGACGAGGUGGCGCUGGUGCGGUGGACAGAGAGCAUGGGUCUGACCCUGGUGAACCGUGACCUGGGCUCUCUACAGCUGAAGACCCCCUCAGGACAGAUCCUCUCCUUUCACAUCCUCCAAAUCUUCCCCUUCACAUCUGAGAGCAAGAGGAUGGGCAUCAUCGUCAGGGAGGAGUCGACUGGAGACAUCACUUUUUACAUGAAAGGGGCAGAUGUGGCUAUGGCCAGUAUUGUCCAGUACAACGACUGGCUCGAAGAAGAGUGUGGGAAUAUGGCCAGAGAAGGACUGAGGACUCUGGUUGUGGCCAAGAAGUCCUUGUCUGAAGAGCAGUACCAAGAUUUUGAGAAUCGAUACAACCAGGCGAAGCUGAGCAUCCACGACCGCGGGCUGAAGGUGGCGGCAGUGGUAGAAAGUCUGGAGCGGGAGAUGGAGCUUCUUUGUCUGACCGGAGUGGAGGACCAGCUCCAGGCUGACGUCAGGCCCACUCUGGAGCUGCUCCGGAAUGCCGGCAUCAAGAUUUGGAUGUUGACUGGUGACAAACUUGAGACAGCCACCUGCAUCGCUAAGAGCUCUCACCUCGUCUCCAGGAACCAGGACAUCCACGUCUUCAAACCUGUGUCGAACCGCGGAGAGGCCCAUCUGGAGCUCAACGCCUUCAGGAGAAAACACGACUGUGCCCUGGUCAUCUCUGGAGACUCACUAGAGGUGUGUCUGCGGUACUAUGAGCACGAGUUUGUGGAGCUGGCCUGUCAGUGCCCAGCUGUGGUCUGCUGUCGCUGUUCUCCCACCCAGAAAGCUCAGAUCGUCACUUUGCUACAGCAGCACACAGACAACAGGACCUGCGCCAUCGGUGAUGGAGGAAAUGAUGUUAGCAUGAUCCAAGCUGCAGACUGUGGCAUUGGCAUAGAGGGAAAGGAGGGGAAGCAGGCCUCUCUGGCUGCAGACUUCUCCAUCACUCAGUUCAAACACAUCGGUCGUUUGCUGAUGGUACACGGCAGAAACAGCUACAAGCGCUCGGCCGCUCUGGGGCAGUUUGUAAUGCAUCGUGGCAUGAUCAUCUCCACCAUGCAGGCGGUCUUCUCCUCCAUAUUCUACUUUGCCUCUGUGCCAUUGUAUCAGGGAUUUCUCAUGGUCGGUUAUGCCACUAUCUACACCAUGUUCCCUGUGUUCUCGCUGGUUCUGGAUCAGGACGUUAAACCAGAGAUGGCCUUGCUCUACCCAGAGCUGUACAAGGACCUCACAAAGGGCCGAUCUUUGUCUUUUAAAACUUUCCUCAUUUGGGUUUUGAUAAGUGUUUACCAAGGUGGUAUCCUGAUGUACGGCGCCCUGGUGCUGUUUGAGUCGGAGUUUGUUCACGUUGUGGCCAUCUCCUUCACCGCGCUCAUUCUCACCGAGCUCCUCAUGGUGGCGCUCACGAUCCGCACAUGGCACUGGCUCAUGGUGCUGGCUGAGUUCUUCAGUCUGGGCUGUUACCUCGCCUCUCUCGCCUUCCUCAACGAGUACUUCGGAAUAGGCAGGGUGUCCUUCGGAGCUUUCCUUGAUUUGUGGUACAUCACGACUUGGCCUUUUCUGUGGAAAGUGUCUGCGAUCACGUUGGUCAGCUGCCUUCCUCUCUACAUCAUCAAAUACCUGAAACGCAAAUUCUCUCCUCCGAGCUACUCUAAACUCUCCUCCUGAACCAAACCAGGAUGGCCAUUUUAAUUUAAACUUAUUUUUGCUUUUGAACAUUAUAUUUUGAGCACUUUUUGAACUGCUGUCAUAGACUAAUUUACCUGUGGAUAACCAGGAUGCAGUGGACCAAUCAGAGGAGAGGAAUAAAGUCAUGUGAUUUGGAUGUAAGACUUUUUGGAUUACUUGAAAAGAUGUGAGCACAUAUAAUUGAGUUCAAACAGACACUUGCAAGUUUUGACUAAAAAAGGAGACAAUUUUGCCUUUUCGUUGAAUAGCAUUUACAGCAAUUUUUAUACUUUGGACCUUUUUUAUAUGUGCUGUUUUUAAGUGUUGAUUUUUAAAAACACAACUCUUUUUUACAGUGUUGUGUUGCAUUUAAGAACUCGUCAUAAAUCUUGUACUUUUUUGUUAAAGAAGCCAUUUUACUCUGAAAUUUUCUUCUAUGAACCUCAAAGUAUUAGACAAGGAUUGACCAAAAAGAACCACUUCCAAUGUUCAAGUCAUAACACUGUAUUUGUAAUGGAUUUGAAUGGACACUGGGUCUCUUUAUAUUUGCUGCUAGCCUGUAUGUUUAGCACAAAUCAUUAGCCUUUUGCUGCAUUCAUGUGGUGCUCAGAAACUUGGGAAAAUGUUUUUCUGAGUUGAAAAAUGCACAUGAACACAACACAACUCAGAAAAACAACUUGGGAACUGGGGGGAAAAUGAGCAGUCCAAUUUCCACACCUGGUGUCACUUGUUUUAUGAGACAGAUGAAAUUGAGCUGAUUUUAGUAUUCGCUAAAGUAAAAUCGUUAAUGUUAAGCUUUUGAGAACAACAAGAAAUCUUUAGCUAUUAUGUUGUUAAUGAGCAAACUCAAUUGUUUUAUUAUUGGUGACAUCAAAAUACCAACUUUCCAAGAUAAAAGCACAUGAAUGCAAACAAGUCAGAACCUUGACAUCUCAUCUGGGAAUCCCAAGUUCCUGAAGACCACAUGAAUGCAGCAUUUGCUUCAUGCUGCUUUCAAAGACACAUCUGAAGCAUGUACUAUCCAUGUAAAAGCAUGUCAGCGCCAGCAAGUAAAUCACAAAAUAUUACAAAA